UGCCCAGCCUGCAGGGAGAGCACAGUUAACAUCCAUUCACAUUAACUGGAGCAUUAUUCAUUAACCUGACUUUAAGGUUCCACAUUCAUCAGUUCCUCUUCUGACCUUGCCAAGGACCCUCCAUAAACUCUGCUGGUUUGAAAGCCAGGGGAUAUAAUCUUCAUUCCUCUGUGGGAGUUUUGCUCAACUACACACUGAGUUUAUAACAAUGGGGAUCCAUGCUGCCAUACUUACCUGACUCCCCAUGUUGUCACCAACCCAGUCUGCACCUUCUGACGGACGUGACUGGCUCCUCCCCAGAUCCGACUCAGGUGGGCAAGUAGUAUAAAUGUGCCAGAUCCUGGUAAGAAGAGAGAGAGGCUAUACACUCAGGGUGGUUGGGAUAUGGAUAAGGCGGGUGGCUCUAGUUGUUCCAGGGUAAGGCGUGUCCAAUAAAUCUUUUACCCAGGAUACUGUAGACAAUUGGUUCCAAAGUUCAAGGGUAAAAUAUCCAGAAGCACAGCGCACAGGGGAGAACCAGAAGAGGACAAGUAAAAAGAAGUGUCAAGGUGUUUCAUUUGUGAAAUUUUAAAGAAAUCAGACACUGGUGUUGACAGGAACAAACACAGUCAGGACAAAGUAUGGCUGAGAGCACGAGUCCCAAAGGCAGCUCUGGUGACUUUACCAAAAAAGUCCAAAGACGACUGAGCAGAGGCAAAGAGAAGGUACUUCAAAAGCUGGGAAAGACCGUGGAGAGCAGAGAUGAUCAAUUUGAAAACUGUCUCAGACAGUAUAAUGACCAGCAGGCUGAUGGGAACCGAAUAUACAAGGACCUGAGGAACUACAUUAACGCAGUGAGAGACAUGCGUGAAGCUUCAAGACGCCUUUCACAGUCUCUGUUUGAUUCUUAUGAAACUGACUGGGCUGCAGAGGAAGAUUUGGGAGCCAUUGUAGAGGGGGAAGACCUCCUGUGGAAUGACUACGAGGUGAAGCUAUUAGACCAGGCCGUACGCACCAUGGAGACCUAUGUGAGCCAGUUCCCAGACGUCAGGGAGAAAAUAGGCAAAAGGGGAAGAAAACUGGUCGACUACGACUCUUCCCUUCACCACCUGGAGGCACUGCAGGCUGCUAAGAAGAGAGAUGAUGUCAAGAUACAGAAGGCAGAAGAAGAGAUGAAUGCUGCCAAAAGGGUCUAUCAAGGCAUCAACAACGAACUAAAAGAGGAGCUGCCUGCACUUUAUGACAGCCGUAUUGGAUGCUACGUUUCAGUCUUCUCAGCUGUAUCAAACUUACGAGUCAUCUUCUAUAAGGAAAUGAGCACGCUCAAUCAAGACCUACAGAAUGUGAUAAAGGAGCUGCAGGCUCAGCAUCCCGACAAGAUGUUCGCUGUCAAGGGAAUGCAGCGGUAUGGCUCCCUGAAGAGACGGACUCUGAUGUCCCCUAAGGCCUGGAAAGCCAGUUUUUCUGAGUUUCACAGGAGCUAUAGUCCUAAAGCUGGCCAGAGGUUUAGUUUCAGGUCCCCAGAGAAGCCUCGCCACAGCACUCUGUCCAGGGAGGGCAGCUCCCGCACAGUCUCCUCGCAGUCGUCUGUCCUGGAGAGCCCCACCUCUGAGGACCUGGACACAGGAUCGAGCCACAGCGAGAUCCACAGUUCAACCUAUGAAGGAGACGCUGCGGCGGGGACGGCUGGAAAAGAUUUGGGAGAAGACAGGAAUCAGGUGGAAGAGAAGAAGGAUGUGGAGGAAGAGGGGUCUGAGCCUAAGCUUCCUGCAGAGUCUGAUCAUAAGGGAGACGGUGACAAAGCUCCUCCAAGUGACAGCAGCUCUGAACUGAACGACUCCUGUGAUUCUGAGAGCUUGGAUCUCCAGCUGUCUGCAGCAGAUGACAGCCCGCUGCGCAUCGAAGAGGACGGAGAAGACGGCUCAGUAGACCUCAAACCUCCGAAACCAAACGGACUGGAGAAUGGUGAAGUUUCUGGGCUGAAGGACCUGAGCAUCCAUCACAAGGAAACUCCUGUGGAAAACCAGACAUCUGUGGACUCAAAAAGCACAAUGGUUUAAAGUAUUGAGACUUUAAUAGAAACACAGAGAAGACUGAAGACAACAGCUGCACAGGAGAAAAGAAUGUGGAGACCCUGAAGUGUCCAACUGUGGUCCCAUGAUGUAGUGUGCAUUUACUUGUUGGUGUUAGUUUCCUUAUUUAUCUUGUAUUGAAAUCAGUUGUAUGUACGGUAUGCAGUCAAAGCAAAGCUGAAGGGUAAAGCCAUGUUUCAUCUGUUAUACUGUUACCCCACAGAUUCAGAUUAAAAUCAGAUUAGUUAUCUUAUCUGCCAAAUGUUAGCAAACGUUAAUGCACUUUACAUUAUGAGAAAAUGUUCCCAGUGAAAACAGUCUGGUUGACUACUGCAGUGGAGCUAAACUCUGCUCUCGUGUUGCCACAGACCAAACGAGUGAACUGCACACAAGUUUUAAAAUUUGAUUUUAUUUCCUUUUGUUUUUAAAGACAUUUAGGGAUUCACUUUUUUCAACUUCUGUUUUAGUUUGAAAUAAAUGUAGGUAUGUCUCAUCUUUUUCACUCUCAAAUCUGUUAGUGGAAUUUGUUAAUUGGAUGUUCACUAAGAAGAUACUUCAUUGUGUAAUUCUGAAUACGUUUUUGGGUCACGUUUACGCUAAUUUGCUUGAUUUUAAUUAUUUGUUUAAGGAUGGAAGAAUGGAGUCUACAAUAAUAAUAAUAAUAAAAAUGUUUUUUCAGUUGUACUUUUCAUCAUUUCGUUCACAGACAUCCAAAAAGGCAGUCUAAUGCGACGGAUAGACAUAAAAAAACACACAAAGAAAUGAAUAAAAACUAAAAACAUGACAGCAAGUACAAGUGCUGGAAAAAUCAUUAAAAAAAGGUAAAAAAAAAUAAAAUAAAAACACAGCAGAAGAAACAUACACACGUGUAGAAAUAUAAAAAAGACUGUGAAGAUCUUAAAAUUAAACUGUUUUCUCCCAUCCCAUAAUCAUAGCACCAACCCACCAGGAAAACACU